AAGACAUAAAUACGUUAAUAUGUUCAUUAGUAGACUAACAGCUCGCACGCCGGUCAUCUGCACUCCGUCACUGUUUACAGCACUAAGGAAACGUUUAGAAUUCUUCGAAGGUAUGAGCCACUUGUCGCACGUGUCCACGGACUUGGCGGGCCCAUCGGUCGGGAUCUACAGCCAAGCAGUUAAAUACGGUGAUACAGUUUACUUGUCAGGUACCUUGGGCUUAGAUCCUAGUACCGGUAAGCUGGUUGAAGGCGGUGCCGGACCUGAAAUAAAAAAAGCAUUGGAAAAUAUUAAGCAUGUCCUGGAAGCGUCUCAAUCGUCUGUCAGUUCAAUCGUUAAGACCACGGUUCUGUUAGCUGACAUAAAAGACGGCCCGACGGUGAACGAGAUUUACAAGCAAUUUUUUGUGCCGCCAUAUCCGGCUAGAGCAAUGUUUCAAGUGGCCAAAUUGCCUUUAGACGCCAAAGUCGAAAUAGAAGUGAUCGCCGCGGUUAACAAGUAACCACAAUAAGAAGAUAUAUUUUAAUUUUGUUUGUUAAAAUGUUUUAUGAACUUGCUACGAGCAUCGGAAAUAAUCUAAAUAUGUUAUUUACAAUAUAAAACGUGCUGUAUAACACAAAA